AUGGCCGCCACAGACGCAUUUACACUCGAGGCAACGCCGGACACAGACAUCUGGAGGAAGCCGCCUGCAAAAGAUAUCUUCACUGCACCCAUAUCCCGGACGUCCUCUGGACUCCUGAAGAAGUUCAAGUCUGCGCGAGUGACGUUCUGGGCUGACUGGACAGAGAGCUAUGAUCAGGCCGGUUUGCUCUUGGUUCCAAAGCGUGUCCACUCGCUAACCCAUCCACCCGAGAAAUGGCUCAAGGCAGGCCUCGAGCUCUAUGACGGGAAGCCGCACCUCAGCGCUGUUGGUUGUGAUCGGUAUGCCGACUGGCACUUGAGCCCGCUCACCACGCCUAUCAAUCCGAGUAAAGGCCUGACCAUCGAGAUUUCCCGCGCAGGUAACAAUGAGAGCGGCAAGAGUUUUUGGAUUUACCAGCUCAUCCUGGAUGAACAAGGGACUGUAAAGGAGAGAAUCCCGAUGCGUCAGGUCUGCUGGAUCCUCGCCGAUGAGGAUGAGAGGGACGGGGAGGAGUGGGUCUUGGACCGGGAUGGAUCAGGACAGCCCCGCUGGAUCGCAAUUACCACGCCGCAGAUUAGAUUAAUUGACAUGUGGGGCGAUGAGACCUGGCUGACAUCGCCAAAGACCUUACUCGAAGACGCGAGCCAAAGCAAUGGCGUGCGUAAUGUUAGCCGGGUCCAUCUCAGCGUAACCUCCCCGAUCUGGGACGGUAUCAUGGACUGCGAUGCAUGGGACCACGGCGUGCAAACGGAGCAUUACCUGGGCAAUCCCGAGGACGGGUUAAUUUACGAUGACUGUACACCCCGUGCUGGUUUCGAGGCGGACCGAUACUGGCUGCAGGUAGCAACGUUGGGGAUGACGGUAGGGACAAUGACUGGCUCGGCGUUUCAUGGGUUUGUGUUCAACGAGACCUUCACCUGCGACGAGGAUCCAAGCUCCAUAAUUACCGUGGAGAGGCACCAAGAAUGGCUCCCGACCAAUGGGAGAUUUCUGGGCUGGCGCUGCAACGAUGAGGAGGAAGGCACACAUGAGACAGCCAUCGUUGGACACUGCGAGUUCAUCCUAACCAACGCGACUGCUUGGCCCUCCGUCUUCAUUGACCACUCUCACCUUAUCCCACCACCACCAGAUCGCCGCUGCUAUUCGCAGUCGAUGGGGGAAAUCGCCUGGGAGAUUUCCGAUUUCGAGCUGACAACUGCCCUUUAUAGCACCACGGUAAUCAAUUUCUUCGCUUCCCUGGUGUAUGUGGCGGACUACGGCCCUCCUCCGUACGCAUUCCUGCGGUUCAAGAUGGUGAACCUGGCAACUGGAUAUGUGUCAAAGCCAGAAUGUAUGGCAACGGAUCCAUCUUUGCAGCCGAAUCAUGAUGAGAACAUACCGGGCGGUUACGAUAAGUGGUUCAGCUGUAAUGACACUGCUGCGAGGGAGUACGACGUGUUCCCCACGAGUUUCAAGUACAAUUCCAUGACGGGUGAACUAAACAUCCAACAAGAAUGGGAAUGCGAACGGGAUGAUGACCCGGAAAGCCUCGCCAAGUUUCUUGCCGUCGGUACUGUAGAAUUGCCCCUUAACGAGUGUCGUGUCGAGUUGGUAUGUAAUCUCAACAGCGAUGGUUGCGGCCUCCCAGAAACCCUGUCUUCGAUUUCUAGAAACGUCGAGCGCACUGGUAUUAUUUGUGAGGCUCGCGAAAACCAGUUUAUCGUACAAGGAAAGCUGCUUGAAUCGGCCCCCGUGAACGAUAGCGUCCCGGUAGAUUUGGAACCUGCCACGGACUUUGAAGAGUGUCUGGAGGCAGAAGUACAGGGGGAGAUCGAGUGGCAGUUAGAAAAUAUCCAAUACCUUAGCCACACCGUUUACGUUACCGAUCUUUUUCUCCAGUUAACUGGUCUAUCAUCGGACACAACAACCGACCACCAGUUGACAUUCACCAACACCGUUAUAAACUCGGCUUACAAUUUUUCAGAAUGGUGCUACAUUCUGGAGGAAGAAAGCGCCGAGGACAACUCAUGGAAAAACAGUGCUUUUAACAUUAGCCUCCUGGAUUGGAAUGUUUGCAAUGAUCAAUCCGUUUACAGCUCCGGCGUUUACCCUCUCGAGACGAGAGCUAAAUUCGACAACCAAACAUAUACGCUCUGGAUUCAACAGACAUAUUACUGCUUAGACAAGUCAACCGGGAAGCGGGUUGAGAAAUUCACUGCUGCUGGCGAAAGGGUCCUCGACGAGAUGGUCUGCGAGCAAAAACUGGUUGAUGAGAAUAAUCCAGAGUCUGCAGUAUUAUAUUCAUCCUGUAGCUUGAAGAACGCAACGAUGGCGGGCGCUCUCAUCCGCGGAGGCAAGACAGCCGAAAACCAAGAGCGGACUUAA